UUCAGUCGCAGCCGGUGCCACCCGGUGCCACCCCUGCCAUGGGCACGGACGCUUUCUGUGCAUCCUGGAGCUCUGGGGGAGCCCAGGUGCUCUGUGCCAGUGCCUCACCACCCUCACAGCGAGGGAUUUCUUCCCAAUGUCCCAUCUGUCACUCCCUCUGGCAGUGGGAAGCAGUUGCAUCUUAUUCUGUCACCCCGAGCCCUUGUCCUAAAUCCCUGUCCUGCUCUGAGAAGGGAGAGAAAAACACAGGGCACAGACAGGGCAAGGGCAGCUGCCGCCUCUCCCCCACGGCAGUUGUGUCCCGCACCCCCGAGGUGCCGGAGCAGGACGGGGGCACAGCCGCGGUCCCCGUGGAGGGGUCCCCGGCCCCUCCGUCCCCUUCAGCUGAUGGAUAACUCGGUGACUCAGCACGAGGUGCGGGUGGGGGGGACACACGAGGCUCCCCAAAACCGGGGGUGCUCCUUGCUGACCUGACCCCACCGUUUCCCCACGGGAUGACAGAGUGGUGAGCGACCAGCGGGACACUCGGUUGUGGCUUUCCUUUAUCAGUUCCUGUAACAAACAGUAGCCAUUAAUAGGGAACUUUUCCCCUCGGGUUUUAUCCUGUGUCUUCAAAGCAUCCUGUAAAUCCUGCAGGCAAUUGAAGGAGCCUUUAGCAAAGGCUCUCGAAGGAGCCCAAGAUGAAAGCAAGAACCUGGGCACAGGGGUGUCCCCGGAGAGAGCAGCAGAGGACUGGGGGGGACUCUGGCUAUGAGAGGGUUGGAGGGGGCUGCCCCACCACCCUUCUGCCUUGCCCUUGCAGGAUGGACCUCCCUCACCUCACGAAUCCUACCGACCUCCCCAAGCACAUCCUGGAUAUCUGGGUCAUCGUCCUGAUCAUCCUGGCCACCAUCCUCAUCAUGACGGCGCUGGUGCUGUGCCCAGCCACUGCUGUCAUCAUCUACCGAGUACGAACGCACCCGACACGCAACGGCAUCGUCUGAGCCAUGGGCAGUGGGGGACGGCCAGCUCGCUGGGCUGGGGGCUACAGCCAUGGGACCCUGUGCCACGGACCUCCACGGGGCACUCUGAGAGCUGGAGCGUGGGCAGGAGCUGGGGUGGGCCAGCACCCAGACCUGCUGCUGUACGUGGCUCUCACUGGCUACCCACUGCUCAUUUUGCCCACCGACCUCAUGGGGACAAAGAGGGAAAUGACAGCAUGGGCAGCAGUGGGGAGAGGUGUGACUUUGUGGACAUGUCUCAGCUGGAAAUAUCUCACUUCCAUGAGGGAGGCAGGCUGCUCUCGCCUUCACCGGUGACACUGUGUCCUCCCAGGCAAGCAGCAAGGAGUGGAAAUGCCUGACCAAGUUAUAUCUUCUUUGGAGUCCCAGCUGUCAAGGUGUUUGGGGACAAAAGAGUCAAAGCAAGAUGGAUGGGGCUUCUGGUUGUGCGUUUAGUGCUUGGCUAAAAGCAUCCGUGACAGAGCUGGCUGCACAGCAGACGUGCAGCCGGCACCGGCUUCUCCUCAGUCCAUCAUCUGCAGCAAUGGUAGGAAAAUCCUGCAGGGCUCCUGGUUCCUCUGGGUCUUGUGGGGCAGAGGAUUGUGUGCAGUUCUGCCAGCCCUCCUGUGUGCAUGCUGGCUGCAUU